AUGUUAACUGUUUUUCACACAGGUUUAAAUGAUGGUAGUGAUGUCACCCAGACUGACAUUCUGUGGGAGAAACAGGGUGACAAUGCAACAAUGCAGUGCAGCCACACAAAGGGUGUCCAGCAUUACCAGAUGUACUGGUACAGACAGCUGCCAGGAGAAACUAUGAAACUAAUAGUGUACACGCAACUAGGGAUGUCCCGAUCCAGCUUUUUCACUUCUGAUCCGAUGUACUGGUACAGACAGCUGCCAGGAGAAACUAUGAAACUAAUCGUGUUCACAAGAAUUGCCAGUGAAGAUCAUGAUUUUGGAGACGUCAACAAAAUGAAAUUUGCAGCCACCAAGCCUGACGCUGAGAGUGGGACAUUCACAGUGAAGAAUCUGGAGCCAGAAGAUAAAGGAUUGUAUUUCUGUGCUGUGAGUCAACACAGUGCUUCUCACAGCAAGAGUGUCUUCCAAACACCUCCUUUCAUCAUGAAGAAAACUGGUCAAUCUGUUGCCAGAGAGAUCAACUGUUCACACAGCAUAACCAAUUAUGAUGUCAUCCUCUGGUACAAACAGGACCAACAUAAAGCUCUGAAGCUUCUGGGAUAUCUGAAUAUUUCCCUCAUGUCAAUACAAAAACUCUCCUUCAUCAGUCUGCAGAGAGACAACAUGUUGAGUCUCUCCAACACCUGCAGGAAGCCUCCAUCUAAAAUGAGCCUCUGA